UUGCUGUGGGAGGAAAUCGUAAGUACACACCGUCAUCACCCUCAACCUACCAAUCAUGAAAAAGUGAGUUUCUCUCAGGCCAGGAGAGUAUCCUUCCAACCGCGAUGGCGAUGGACACUCCAGAGCAGCCCACUGUGGUUGAAUCCCAUCAACCUCAGGCUUCAGAGGCUGGCGGUGCUUCUCGCAAAAAGUCUUCUCUCAACAAAUUUUCGCUUGUCUGUGCGCUUCUUGCUUCCACUUGCUCUAUUCUAUUGGGUUAUGACAUUGGGGUGAUGAGCGGUGCCGUGCUUUACAUUAAGGAUGAAAUCCACAUCAGUUCAGUUCAAGUGGAGAUAUUGGUGGGGUCUCUGAAUGUGUGUUCUUUGAUCGGAUCACUCGCCUCCGGCAAGACUUCCGAUUUGAUUGGUAGGCGCUACACCAUUGUCUUGGCUGCAGCCACCUUUCUAAUUGGUGCACUGCUAAUGAGUCUUGCACCCUCAUAUCUGUUCCUCAUGGCCGGAAGGGUGGUGGCCGGAAUCGGCGUCGGGUACUCCCUCAUGAUCGCACCAGUCUACACCGCCGAGCUUUCUCCGGCCAUGACCCGAGGCUUCCUCACUUCACUCCCUGAAGUCUUCAUCACCUUCGGUAUCCUACUGGGCUACAUCGCCAACUACGCCUUGGCAGGCCUCCCACCGAAAAUCAACUGGAGAAUGAUGCUCGGUAUCGCGGCAGUGCCAGCAAUCGUCAUCGGAAUCAGUGUAAUUGGAAUGCCUGAAUCCCCUCGGUGGCUCGUCAUGAAAGGCCGGAUAAGCCAGGCAAAGCAAAUUCUGAUCAGAACAUCCGAUGAUGAAGAGGAGGCUGAGUUGAGACUCUCCGAAAUCAUGAGAGAGGCUUCCACCACCACCUCUGCCGAGUGGAGUGGACAAGGGGUUUGGAUGGAAUUGCUCUGCAGGCCGUCCAAGCCCAUCCGUCGAAUCCUCGUAGCAGCAAUAGGAAUGAAUUUUUUCAUGCAAGCUUCAGGAAAUGACGCCGUUGUGUACUACUCGCCGGCGGUGUUCGAGAACGCAGGAAUAAACGACCGGAGACAGCUGGUGGGGGUGACGAUCAUCAUGGGAAUUACCAAGACGGCAUUCGUUUUGGUCUCCGCACUUUUCUUGGACCGUUACGGGAGACGGCCCCUUCUGUUAUUGGGGUCAAUAGGCAUGGCCGUAUCGCUAGGUGGGCUAGCGUUGGGCUCCAAAUAUCUGGAAGACUCGGAACACAAGCCCACAUGGGCCAUUGCUUUGUGCGUGGUGGCAGUGUGCGCCGAUGUGUCCUUCUUCUCAAUUGGGCUGGGGCCCAUCACGUGGGUGUACUCGUCUGAGAUAUUUCCGACGAGGCUCCGAGCACAGGGUACGAGCAUGGCCGUAUCCGUGAACCGGUUGGUGAGUGGGGUGGUGGCCAUGACAUUUCUGAGCAUUUCCAAGGCCAUUACAUUUGGAGGUAUGUUUUUAGUGUUCUGCGGAGUCAUGGUGAUCGGUUCAAUUUUCUUCUACUUCUUUAUACCGGAAACCAAGGGCAAGUCACUAGAAGAUAUUGCUACCCUUUUCGAGGAUAAACCCUUACGUACCGAUAGCACCAUAGACUAGGAGAAUUUGUGUGUCUGUGUUCUAGUUUUUUAUUUUCUAAUCAUUACUUGAAUUGAAUUGAACGUUUAUUUGAUGAUAUGCUGCAUUGUUCCAUAGGGGAUUA